AUGAGUUUUUCAUGUGAGUGUGUCGUUGUUGAGGCUGUUCCAGACACUGGGGCAGAAGUGUGUAUAGUAGGGGUAGAUUUGUUACCAAAAUUGGGUUUGAAGGUACCUAAUCUCUCUCGGUGUAAUGUCAUUGUAAAUCACGCAGGGAAGUCAUUGAGAAUAUAUGGGUCUGUUGAUAUGCUAAUAGAAUUGGGUGAUAAAUCAGUGAGCACUAGUGUUAUCGUUGUGCAAGGUGCUACCCGUUUUUAUAUGUCUUUAGGAGUGUAUUUCCAAAAUUCUGUAAAAGACAAAGCAACUCCCAAAAAGCAGGCAGCCCAAAAGAAGACCCCACAAAAGCAGACUCCACAAAAAGGCACUCCACAGAAACAAAUUACUACUCCAAAAACAACAAAGCCAAGUGGAACUCCAACUAAAUCAGAAGAAGCCAGUUCAUCAAAGGGACCACCACCAUCAAGAAAUGACCCAGGUAUGGAUAGGACCCAUAAGGACAACUCUUUUAGAGAGUUUCGUCGUAUCUGUGCAAAUGUUGCAGAUGAACCAAGUUACUUGGGAAAGACUGAAAUCAUUUCCAAGUUCUUGACAUAUGGAACCAGUAAAAAUAAGUUUGAAGGUGAUUUGAGACUGUGGGUCAGAUUAUUACUUCCAGGUGUCAUCAAGAGAGUUUACAACUUGCAGAGCAAACAGCUAGUCAAAUUGUUUUCUCAGCUGUUUAAUAGUAAUCAAGAAGAAAUGUUAGAAGAUUUAGAAAAAGGUGAUGUGGCUGAAACAGUGAGAGUUUUCUUUGAAAUGUCCUCUGUGCUGGGUCCAGUCAAGAAAAGUAAUCUCUCAAUUCAGGAAGUUGAUGAACUGUUGGAGGAACUCUCAGGGAUGACAAAGGAAGAUGAACAGUCCUAUGUCCUGAAAAAGAUAUGCAAAAAGUGUACUGGUAAUGAUUUAAAAAUGGUUGUAAGGCUUAUUAAAGGAGAUCUGAGGAUCAACGCAGGAGCAAAGCAUGUAUUAGAGGCAGUGCAUAGUGAUGCAUAUGAAGCUUUCCAGACCACUCGAAAUAUUGAUGCUGUCUUGGAUCAAGUCAUAAAAGUUGGUGCCACAGGAGGUAGUCUCAAGUUUACAGCUGAAGUAAUGACACCUGUUCUACCAAUGCUUGCAGAGGCGUGUAAAUCAGUUGAUUAUGCUUUCAAAAAGUGUCUAAGUGGGGCAAUGUAUGCCGAAAUCAAAUAUGAUGGAGAAAGAGUACAAUUGCAUAAGAAAGGCAACAAAUUUAAGUAUUUCUCACGUUCACUGAAAGAAGUAAUGCCACAUAAGGUUUCUCAUUUCAAAAACUACAUUCCACAAGCUUUUCCACAUGGUGAAGACCUUAUUCUUGAUGCAGAGGUGUUGAUGAUAGAUAAUAAGACUGGAGUACCAUUACCAUUCGGAACACUGGGUGUUCAUAAGAAAGCAGAGUUUCAAGAUGCUAAUGUAUGCCUUUUUGUAUUUGACUGUAUACAUUACAAUGGACAAGAUUUGAUGGAUAAACCAAUAAAGGAAAGGCGAGAAAUUCUUGAGGAACAUAUGACUGAAAUAAAGAAUCAUAUAAUGUUUUCGGAAAUGAAGUUGAUAACGAAGAAGGAAGAUCUUCGUAACAUGAUAAAUGAUGUCUUAAAGCAAGGUUUGGAAGGAUUAGUGCUUAAGGACUUAAAUAGUAUUUAUGAACCAGGGAAACGACAUUGGUUGAAAGUGAAAAAAGAUUAUUUGAAUGAUGGAGCAAUGGCAGACACUGCAGAUCUGGUAGUUCUAGGGGCUUGGUAUGGGACAGGGAAGAAAGGUGGAAUGAUGUCAGUAUUUUUGAUGGGAUGUUUUGAUCAAAGAAUAAACAAAUGGUGUACUGUAACAAAGGUUCACACGGGUCAUGAUGAUGCAACUUUGGCUCGGUUACAGGAUGAGCUUGACAUGGUCAAAAUUAGUCAAGAUUCUGAUCGUGUUCCAUCAUGGUUGAAAUGUACUAAAACUAUGGUACCUGAUUUUGUUUCUGCAGAUCCUAAGAAAGCUCCUGUUUGGGAAAUCACUGGUGCAGAAUUUACGAAGCAUCAGGUUCAUACAGCUGAUGGAAUUUCAAUAAGGUUCCCACGGGUUACAAAGAUUCGCAAUGACAAAACUUGGCAAGAAGCUACUUCGUUAUCGUAUCUCCAGGAACUUUAUAAGAAAUCCCGAGAAUAUGGAGAUUUUGAAGUUAUGGGGUCUGAUGAUACUGACAAAAUUGAUGAUGACGAUGGUGAUGGUGAUGGCGAUGGAAAUGACAGUAACAACAGAAGUAUUGGUGCAGACCUAUCUACCUCUGUCAGGACUUCCGACAGUACUCCUUCACCCAGUAGCUCAUCUAAAACCAAAGCUAAGGUAAAACAAACAAUGAAAACAUUCAUCAGAGGUAGUCCUGAGCUGAAGCACACAGUCUCCAAGAAUAAAAAGAGUGACAUCAAAUCAGAACAUCAUUCUGGCAAAAGAAAAUCAGAUGAUUCACAUAUUCAAGUUCCAGUGGCCAAAAAGCUUUGUAGGUAUGGCUCAGCAUGCUACAAUGACAACUCUGCACAUCUCAAGAUGUUUGGGCAUCCAGAGACUCCUCGUACAAAGAUACCAACUGUUAAUCCACUGCCAGAUUUUUUAACAGGAGUCAUGGUCAGCAUACCCAGUCCUCUAGAGAAACGUGACGUACUGGAAAGAUAUGUUGUAGCAUAUGGAGGCGAAGUAUUGCCUGAAUUCCGUUCCAGUGAAGCAACUCAUAUCCUUAUAGAUGAAAAGGAUUCAUCUGUAAUGGCAUCAUCAUCUGAAGGGUUACUGGUAUCACCUGACUGGCUGUGGGAUAGCAUUAAACUUCAGAAGCUUCUACCAACUAGACCUUAUAAUGCUUAGUUUUCUUAUUUCCAUGUUUAAGAAGUAUAGUAUUUGGAAAUUUGCUAGUGUACAGUUAUUUUUAUACCAUUGUACAGCAGGGUGUUUAUAAUGUUAAUUUGUUAAAUGUCAUUUUUUGGAUGUCAGACUUGCAUGCUAAUCAUAUAUUUUAUGCUUUAUUUAAAACAUGAAGGUAAAAUUCCAAAACUAAAAGACAUUGAAAAUUUCUCUUGAAAGGUAAGAGGGAGGUUUAUAUUUAAAUUUAUAUGUAUAUAUUUCCUGUGUAAAGCACUAUAAUUGACAGUCAAGUACUUAUUAAAGAAAGAUAGCAAGAUGUGUCCUUUCAAAGUAAGGCUGACCCCUGUGUGUGUGUGUGUGUGUGUGUGUCUCUCUGUACUUUAUGAUGGCGCUUUUGAAAUGCAAUGCAACACAACUAUGCAACCAAAACGAUGUGCUGAACGAAGACAUAGAUGUUAUCAUCUUUUAUAAAUAAAUACUUAGAAAUAUAGAAUGGAAAUAUGGAAAGUUGUUUGCACAUAGAAGUAUAAUGAAUUUGUCAUUUUAAGAGAUGUAUAUAUUUGCUAUUUAUGCCAAAUAUUGUAUAUAAAAUAUUAAUGAAAAGCAGGCAAACAUUUUUAUGGUUUCAUGUGUUGGACUGGUUUAAUGAAUAGUCUUUGAACAGUCCUUGCUUGAGUGGGAUUUAAAGAGUUUAUCAUUUCCCAAUACUUUCCUGAUGUUAACCCAUUGCCAUAUAAUGUCUUAUUUAUUCAUCCAUUGUAAGUUAUAUUUUUCACAGAUAAUUUCAUCAGGCAUUUGAAUGUUAGGAAGUGAAAUUGUAUUUAGCACUUUGAUGUCAUCAGAAUCUUGAAGGAUUAAGAUUCCAUAUUAGCAAAUUAAUUUGAGCCGACAUGUUCCCAUUUUUUUUUAUCGUGAAUUACAUUUUUAUUUCCAAAAAAAUUUAUGGAAUCACAAUUGCUCCUUCAGCAAUGUUAUGUCAGCUCUACAAUGUUACUUUGCUAAUCAGCUCUUUUGAGAUUCAGUGGAUUUGUGGAUAAAAAAAAUCAGUAAUAUUCUUUUCUGCAGGCAUGUUUACUUUAUUCAGUUGUACUUUGUUAAUUUUGUUUAUCUUAUAAAAACUGGAUAGCUGUGCCUUGCACUCUAGGAUAUAUAUUUUUACCACAUGUAAUUAUAUAAACACUAUUUGUAUGUUAUGAAAAUGUUUCCAGGUAAAUGAAAUACAGAUAAGCAUUUCAUAA